GAAAUGAUCAAGUUGAACGAAACCACAGGAAACCCUGUGAAUGAAUUCAUACUCAUGGGCAUCACAAACCGUCCUGAGCUUCAGGGCCCCCUCUUUGUUGUGUUUCUCCUCAACUACAUGGCUACAGCUCUGGGGAAUCUAGGCUUGGUCAUCCUAACAAGUGUCGAUUCCCACCUGCAAACCCCCAUGUACUUUUUUCUUCAGCAUCUAGCAUUUAUAGAUCUUGGUUAUUCCACAGCUGUUGGUCCAAAAAUGCUGAUCAGUUUUACAGUAGAAAAAAAUACUAUUUCCUUCAACGGGUGUGGAACCCAGUUAUUUUUCUUUCAGAUAUUUAUUACCAGUGAAGUUUUUAUCCUUUCAGCCAUGGCCUAUGACCGCUAUGUGGCUAUCUGUAAGCCUCUCCUCUAUAUGGUCAUAAUGUCAAACGUGGUUUGUUGGAUGUUGGUGGGUAUUUCAUACCUCUGUAGCACCAUAGUAUCUCUAUUGAUCACAAUAAAGCUUUUAAAAUCAUCUUUCUGUAAGUCAAAUAUACUAAGACAUUUCUACUGUGACAGUCUCCCUCUAAUGUCCAUCAUAUGCUCAGACACAAGUGAGGUUGAAUUAAUCAUCAUGACCUUUGCUGCAUUUAGUUUGGUUUCUUCCCUCUUGAUUAUCUUCAUUUCUUACCUGUUCAUUCUUGUAGCUAUUCUCAGAAUAAAGUCUUCAGAGGGCAGGUACAAAGCCUUCUCCACCUGUGGCUCUCACCUUACGGGGGUGGUAAUAUUUUAUGGGACACUUCUCUUCAUGUACCUGCAGCCCCAUUCUAGUCAUUCCUUUGAUACAGACAAGAUGGCCUCUGUGUUUUAUACCCUGGUCAUCCCCAUGCUCAACCCACUGAUUUACAGUUUGAGGAACAAAGAGGUGAAAGGUGCACUGAAAAGAGUCUUUCAAAAGCUGAUAUAA